AUGAAUGAUAUACAAUUGACACCGAUCAAGCCUUCUCAUCCGGUUGCGAUUCAGCCAGCCUCUAGCAGUCAUUGUGCAGCACCCAGUACAGCAACACAGGAAGCAGAGCAACCCCGAACCGACAUUGUCGAACAAAAUCUUGCCCCUUCAGAUAAAGGUAUCGCAGCAUGGCGACUUUUAUUAGCUGCUUUUAUCUUUGAAACCUUAUUCUGGGGCUUUCCUCUCUCCUUCGGCGUCUUUCAAGACUAUUAUUCCAAGACACCUGAAUUUGCAGGUAAUGCAUACAUCCCGGUCGUGGGCACUGUGGCCUCAGGGCUUGGGUACCUAGGUGCUCCGGUGAUCAUGUUAUUGAUUCAGCGCUUUCCAUGGUAUCGCCGCUAUAUGAUAUGGUUUGGAUGGCCCAUCUGUGUUCUUGGCCUUGCACUAGGUUCUUUUGCCACCUCUCUGGAAGCGUUGAUUGCAUCACAAGGAAUGGCUUAUGGAAUGCUCUGUGCUGCAAGUGGUUUCUCUGGGUGCUUCAUGCCAUUUGUGCUUCAAGCUUUGCUGGACAAAUAUGGAUUCAGGAUUACUUUGAGAGCUGUCGCGAUUGCGCUGACAGUGCUCACUGGUCCUUUGAUCCCAUUGUUCAGAGGGCGUUUGCCAGUGUCCAGAAGCACCGCAAGCAGAAAAAUUGACUGGACAUUCCUCCGCAUGCCAUCCUUUUGGAUGUACUCCGUGGCAAACAUUUUGCAAGGCUUUGGAUACUUCUUCCCAGGGUUGUACCUACCUUCGUAUGCGUCAUCACUUUCACUCAAUCCUCACACUGGAGCAAUGUUACUGGCCGUGAUGAGCAUCUGCCAAGUCUGUGGUCAAUUCACAUUCGGCAUACUCUCUGACAAAAAGGUAUCAGUCAACACACUGGCUCUCUUGUCAACAGCAGCGGCAGCAAUCUCAGUACUGGGGAUCUGGAAAGUGGCAUCUUCUCUGCCGGUUCUCAUUGUCUUUGGUAUUCUAUAUGGAUUCUUCGCCGCAGGCUUCACGGCAAUUUGGGCGAGGAUAACGAGUUCGGUGACAAAUGAUGUCGGUACCGCACCUGUGAUAUACGGCUUGUUGAACUUUCAGAAGGGCUUGGGCAAUGUGCUUACAGGACCUAUUGGAGCUGCUUUGAUUGGCAGGAACGCUACCACUGCAAGUGGUAUCUUUAGAUGGGUUAUUCUAUUCACAGGAAUAUGCAUGGCUGGCAGCUCUUGCGCAACCUUGUUGCAGCGUCUGAAGUCUAUCAAGUAG